GUAAAACUAGUGAUGCGUACAUGUUUAAGGAAAGAAAAAAGAUCAGCAUAUUUACUGUUUUAAAGAAAUUUGGACCUGGAUUUUGACAAUGUCAAGAUUUUCAGUGUAUACGUGUCCAGAUACCACUGAUUCCCACUCUUGAAGACACAGAUAUACUGUAUUACUUAAACCACCAAAGAUACUAAACUAACCAUGAAGACAAGUAUUAUCAAUACACGACACUCCUUUAUAAAUAUCCCCAAUGCGGUUGCACCAGAUAUUGAAAAGGAAAUAAGAAGGAUGGAAAAUGGAGCGUGCAGCUCCUUUUCUGACAAUGACAGCAGUGCCUCUAUAUCCGAAGACUCGGAGAAUGAGAAUUCUCAUGUAAGGGCUUCCUUUAGAAACAAGUCACACAGAAGGGGAGGACCAUCACAGAGAGAGCAGUACCUGCCUGGUGCCCUGGCACUUUUCAACAUUAAUAAUAGCAGUAAUAAAGACCAAGAACCAAAAGAAAAAAAGAAAAAGAAAAAGGCAAAGGAAAAGAAGAGCAAGCCAGAUGACAAAGGUGAAAAUAAAAAGGACCCAGAGAAGAAAAAGAAGAAAGAAAAAGAGAAGAAAAAGAUAGAGGACAAAAGUAAAGAUAAGAAAGAAGAGGAGAAGAAAGAAGUUGUGAUUAUCGAUCCUUCGGGAAACAUGUAUUACAACUGGCUGUUUUGCAUCACCUUACCUGUGAUGUACAACUGGACAAUGAUUAUUGCAAGAGCCUGCUUUGAUGAACUUCAGUCUGAUUACCUAGGAUACUGGCUCAUUUGUGAUUACGCUUCAGAUAUAGUCUAUCUUCUCGAUAUGUUUGUACGAACGAGGACAGGUUACCUAGAACAAGGAUUACUGGUGAAAGACAAACACAAACUCAUAGAGAAAUAUAAAUCAAACUUUCAAUUUAAACUUGAUGUUGUAUCAGUGAUACCGACUGAUGUGCUAUAUUUUAGAUUAGGGUGGAACUAUCCAGAAAUUAGAUUAAAUAGGCUAUUAAGGAUCUCUCGCAUGUUUGAGUUCUUUCAGAGAACAGAAACAAGGACAAACUAUCCAAACAUCUUCAGAAUUUCUAAUCUUGUUAUGUAUAUUGUCAUUAUUAUCCACUGGAAUGCAUGUGUGUACUACUCUAUUUCGAAAGCUAUUGGAUUUGGUAAUGAUACCUGGGUCUACCCUGAUGUUAACGAUCCUGAAUUUGGCCGUUUGGCUAGAAAAUAUGUAUACAGCCUUUACUGGUCUACACUGACUUUGACUACCAUUGGUGAAACACCACCUCCUGUGUUGGAUUCUGAGUAUGUCUUUGUGGUGGUUGAUUUCUUGAUUGGAGUUUUGAUUUUUGCUACCAUUGUCGGUAACAUAGGUUCUAUGAUUUCCAACAUGAAUGCAGCCAGGGCAGAAUUUCAAUCAAGGGUCGAUGCUAUCAAGCAGUACAUGAAUUUUCGAAAUGUAAGCAAAGAUAUGGAAAAGAGGGUUAUUAAAUGGUUUGACUACCUGUGGACCAACAAAAAAACAGUUGAUGAGAGAGAAGUCUUGAGAUAUUUACCUGAUAAACUGAGGGCAGAAAUUGCCAUCAAUGUUCACCUAGAUACACUGAAGAAAGUGCGCAUUUUUGCUGACUGUGAGGCUGGUCUGUUGGUGGAAUUGGUUUUGAAGCUGCAACCCCAAGUCUACAGUCCCGGAGACUACAUAUGCAAGAAAGGGGAUAUUGGACGGGAGAUGUACAUCAUAAAGGAAGGCAAGCUUGCUGUGGUGGCAGAUGAUGGGAUCACUCAGUUUGUGGUGUUGAGUGAUGGCAGCUACUUUGGUGAGAUCAGCAUUCUCAACAUUAAAGGCAGCAAAGCUGGCAAUCGAAGAACAGCCAAUAUCAAAAGUAUUGGCUACUCAGAUCUCUUCUGUCUCUCAAAAGAUGACCUCAUGGAAGCUCUAACUGAGUAUCCAGACGCCAAAACUAUGCUGGAAGAGAAAGGGAGGCAGAUCUUAAUGAAAGAUGGUCUAUUGGAUGUAAACAUUGCAAAUGCUGGUAGUGACCCUAAAGAUCUCGAAGAGAAGGUCACUCGAAUGGAGGGAUCAGUAGACCUCCUGCAAACACGAUUUGCCCGUAUCCUGGCUGAGUAUGAGUCAAUGCAGCAGAAACUGAAGCAAAGGUUGACCAAGGUUGAGAAUUUUCUGAAACCACUUAUUGACACAGAAUUUUCAGCUCUUGAGGGACCUGGAGUAGAAAGUGAGCCCACAGAAUCGACAUAAGACUGAAAAAAACUUCAUUAAUGAAGACAUACAUACUUAAGAUCAUUUUGAUCACAUGACCAAAGGCAAUGAAGGAAAAAAGAAGAGGACUGG